GGGAGGGGCGGAGGAGCCCCGGGGCCGCGCGCAGCCAGUGCCCGCGGCAUGGCAGGGCUGUCCGGCAGCGGGUCCCCGCGCGCCGCCGCCCUGCCCGCCCUGGACUGCGCCUUCGUGCUCUCGCCGCUCGGGGGGCUGAUGUGCGCCCAGGCCGUUCUGGGCUUACUGGUGUGGACUCUCAUCGCUGACACGACUUACUACCUCCACGCUGCCUACAGCUGGGUGAUGUUUGUGUCCAUCUUCUUCUGGAUAGUAACAGUCCUUUUCUUCAUGACUUACCUUCUACAGCUUCAGCUCAAGUUCUACAUGGUCCCCUGGUCCCUUGUGCUGAUGAUCUUCAACACUGUGGCAACUGUCCUGUACAUCACUGCCUUCAUAGUGUGCGCAGCUGCUGUUCAACCGACAUCCUGGCGGCAGUGGGAUUACAACCGAAGAGCUGUGGCAUCUGUAAGUAGCAGUGGGCAGGGGAAGGCCACAGGGCCAGGCAGCUGCUGCGCUUACCCGUGGCCUCUGCUCCUCUUCCAGUUCUUUGCCUGCCUCACCAUGGUUGCUUAUGGGGUGAGUACCUUCUUCAGCUUCCGUGCCUGGAAAGGGCUCGGUAGCAAUGCAGCCACCAGCCAAGUGACUGACCACGCGUAAGGAGGACAGCAAAGCCCAGCCAUGGGCCACCCAUGGCCAGGCUUGGAGCUUUGAAUGCUGGUCUCACUCUUGGAGCAGCAAUGGUCAGUACCGGGUCACGUGGAUGCUGCUCUGUGGUAUCUGAUGAUGCUUCCUGCUGCUUUACCCAUAGCAGAAACCCACUGGUGCAGUCACUGACAGCCUUGCUGGGAGGACAUGGACUUGCAGGAGGCUGAAGCUCCUGUCUGCCCGUGGAGCAGCUCCAUGGAGGGGUCAUUCCCAUACUAAAAUUCACUAAAUCAAACUCUGGUCAUUCCCAAGCUACAGUGUGAUUACAAUUAAUGUGGUACAUGAACAGUGGCAGAGCUGGAAGAUGAAACCUAAGCAAAGGAAGCAGAGUGAACUGUUCUUGCAUUGAUUUCUAACAAUCUGAAGCACAAAUGAUAUAUAAAUCAUUAACAAAGAAAUUUGCUAAAUAAAAAAAUCUUUAAAAUCUA